UCACUUCACGCCAGCCAUGGGGAUGGCGGGCUGUGCCAGAGAAUUUCAGAACCAGAUAAUAAACCACAGCGCGCUCCAAGCCGAACACACGAGAUUUGUUUCCAGCGCCAAGGGAUCGAUCGCAGAAACAAGCCCGAGGCCGUGGAAGUAACGUUUGCAGACUUCGACGGGGUCCUCUACCACAUCUCCAAUCCCAAUGGAGACAAGACCAAAGUGAUGGUCAGCAUCUCCCUGAAGUUCUACAAGGAGCUACAGGAACACGGUGCCGACGAGUUACUGAAGCGAGUCUAUGGCAGCUACCUGGUAACUCCCGAGUCGGGCUACAACGUGUCGCUACUCUACGACCUGGAGAACCUCCCUGCCGACAAGGAUGCUCUGGUGCACCAGGCCGGCAUGCUGAAGCGCAACUGCUUCGCCUCCGUCUUCGAGAAGUACUUCAAGUUCCAGGAAGAAGGGAAGGAGGGGGAGAAGAGGGCGGUCAUCCACUACCGGGACGACGAGACCAUGUACGUCGAGGCGAAGAAGGACCGUGUGACGGUUGUCUUCAGCACGGUUUUCAAGGACGAUGACGACGUGGUGAUCGGGAAAGUGUUCAUGCAGGAAUUCAAGGAGGGGCGACGUGCCAGCCACACGGCCCCCCAGGUGCUCUUCAGCCACCGGGAGCCCCCCCUGGAGCUGAAGGACACCGACGCUGCUGUGGGUGACAACAUCGGCUACAUCACCUUCGUGCUGUUCCCCCGCCACACCAACACCGCGGCCCGGGACAACACCAUCAACCUGAUCCACACCUUCCGCGACUACCUGCACUAUCACAUCAAGUGCUCCAAGGCCUACAGGGCAAAGACAUCCGCCUUCCUCAAGGUGCUGACCCGAGCCCGGCCCGACGCCGAGAAGAAGGAGAUGAAAACAAUCACGGGGAAGACGUUCGCUGCCCGCUAGCCCCUGGCAGGGCCAGGCCGCACGCCACCACCUCCCCCUUGCAUGAGCAGGGCGGCUCCGCGCCAGCCGGGCGGGGGGAAGGAGUCAGGCCGGGCUUGGGCACAGGAGUCUGGCCCCUCCAGUCUGCUCUGCUGGCUCUGGCUUCAGGGGGUCAUGGGGUGUCCCCGUC